UUAAUAUAAGCCUAACUCUUUUUACAAGCUAUCUGAACAGCAUUAUGUUGUAUUUUAAAGCAAGCUAGAGAACAAAUAACAUGAAAGGAGCACAGGACGGCGGACGUGCAAGUUGACAGGCAAGAACAACAUGUACUUUUCAUAAUAUUGAAGUUAAAAGCAGGAGACCAACCACAAUGUCCACUAGUGUGCUGUGUGGUCGAGGCAGGUUGGUCCUAUAUAAGACCACUGGCCAUCAAGCAUUAGGUGCUCUCCGUGUCUGCAGAACCAGAACCUUCUCUGCUGCAAGCUCGGAUGAGCCUUACAUAGCUGUAUCACCCAGAGACUCAGGCCCCAGGACUGUGUGGCCUGAUGAGAACAUGGGACCAUUCGGACCUCAGGACCAGCGAUUUCAGUUACCGGGUAACGUUGGGUUUGACUGCCACCUGGAGGGCAUGGAGGACCAAAAGAAGACUCCAGUUCACAGGACGGUUCCUGAUGUACUGACGGCCCCAAGCUGCAUAGAGAGACACCAGUUCAUACUGGCCCAGUUUGUUAAUGAGUUCCAAGGAAACAUCGGUACUAUAGACACAAGAGUCCACAAAGCUGAGCAGUACUUUAAUCAGACGGACGCAGACUGCUCCAUAAAUUCCUGCCCUGAGCUGUUAAGGAAAGAUCUUGAGCUCAUGUUCCCCGCAGCGCCCACCACAUCCAUCACAGUUGUGACGGUCACACAGAGUAACAGUCAGAGGGAGGAGGCAGUAGACCAGGACAGAGACCAGCUGCUCCACAAAUUUGUAAGUGGAGCAAAGGAAAUGUGCUUCGCUCUGUGGACUGCAGGCUACUGGGCAGACUUUAUUGACCCAACAACAGGAGCACCUUUCUUUGCAUCUCCAUCAAGUCAAACCAAACUGCAGACAGAGGAGGAACUAAGAGAUUUGGGCUUCCACAUCGAAGUGUCAGGCUCCUGCACAGUUAUUCGCCACAUCCUGAGAGGAACGCCUUUGUUUGUGGGGACUGUUUUCACCAAUGCACCCACUCACAGUGCAGCUAUCGCAAGACUACAAGGACUUUCAAAUGUACUUGCUGAUGACGAAUAGGCUUUUCUAAAUAUUCCACAGAACUCAAUCUAAACAAGGCCUCUAUUUAUGGUUUGAAGAAGCUUGGAACGUAUAUAUGGUAUAUGGUAGUGUUGGCACAUGGUUGUAUCAGUGAAAGGUUGUGCAAAGUUUGUCUUACUGUAACAAGGACUGGACUGAGACUCUAAUGUAGACCUCCAUGCUGUGCCUGACUGACAGGAAACCAACCCAGCUUACCCUGCACUGCAUCCAGGGAGAAACACACACACACACACACACACACACACAAUGCAGUGGCAAGGGUUCUGACUACAAAUAAAAGACAUUUCAACAUGUAAUAUCUGCUGUUUGAAAAGUUGGUAGACAAUGUUAACACUUGAGGAUGACAUCACCUUGCUUUUAUUAACGAUAUUGGUUUUUAGAACCAUAGAUUUUUUUUAUUUUAAGAUUCAUUUUUGGGGCUUUUUCCCUUUAUUACAAGUGACA